CUUAAUCAAACGCUGACCAGCUCCAGACAUGUGUCAUGUUGUCUAUGUCAGUGACAUCACAGUAACAUGUCCAUCUCUCUGCUCCUUCAUGCAUCCACCCCCCCUGCCCAUCGACCCACAGCUUUAAAGCAGGCGGGCAGUGAGGGCGAGCUGUGCCAAGCAGGGAGUCUGGGCUCAGCAGGCAGCAGCAGCACUCUCGCAUCCUCCGUAAUUGAGGUGGAGACCGAGCGGGAACCUCGGCUCACAAAGCCGAAGGAGGAGGAAGAGGAAUUGACACCUCUCAGCCCUCCCCCCACUCUGUCCAUCACCGAGGAGAUCCUGGAGUUCAUCAACCAGAGCAGAGCCAAGGAAGGACUGGCCUCUAUCCACACCGACCCCGUGGAACAGGUCCAGGAUGAACCCAGAGGUGAGCAGCCUCAAUCCAUCAGCACAAACUCCACCUGCCCACUUUCACCAGUCUCCUGCGCCUCAAACCCAGAGCAGGCCACUUCAGUUCAACAGCAGCUAGAAAGGUUGGACAUCGACACCCAAGGUCAUUCUGAAGAAGACGACACCAGGAACGAGACAACAACGUCAGAAAACAUAACAGAUGACACAUGUCAAGUGGAAAAGGGACUCAACGCAGUUAAAGAAGAAGAAGGUAGAGAAACGGAGAACAGACCGAGCACAGGUGGUGAAGAGCAAGGAGAGAGCAUCAGUCCUGCAGCACCUCCUCAAACCUCCAUCUCAGCAGAGACAGAAAGACCUAACAGCACCAGCGGUCCGGUAUCAGGCCAGGAGACAAACCUGGAAGCCAGCGUGUCCUCCUCAAACCCUGAUCUCCUUCACCCCGUCGAGAAACGCCAGGCGCCCACGAGAGGUUCCCACCUCUCCAAGCGUGACAAAAAGAUCAUUGAGAAGAUCAGAAGUUACUAUGAAGCAGCAGCAGAAGCAGAAGAGGACGAGGAUGACGACCAACAGGAAGCAGAAGUAGCGCCCAGGAGAAGAAGCAGCUUCUCUCAGAUCCCAUCUGGUUUGGUGAAGGACUCUGUGUCUCGCUUUGAUGUGAGUGGAAACCAGGACCCGAUCGAAAGCAGACAAUCUAAGAAUGAGCUGAGCAGCGAAGUGGAUAGGGAGACAGCUGAGGAAAAGGAACCCAUCACCCCACGUCCUGCUGCAACCUCCACUGACGUAGAGGAGGAAGGACAGGAAUCACUCGGUUUCAUGGACACAGAAAGCUCUCCCUCUGUCAUAACACAAGAUGAGGAGACUCUAAUCCCACUCAGCUCUGCUGAGGACCUUCACGAAGCACAGGAGGAACGACAGGACGGGAGGCAGGAGGACACAUCAGAGGAGCAUGUGGUUCCAGAUGUUCCAGGAGGAACGUCAGCACAGGGAGAAGCACUGAGCAGAACCCAACUGCACAACAGCAGGGAUGACACGACCCAAAGCCCUGAACAGAACAUAACACACAAGAAAAUCACACCUCCGCCCCAUUCUGAGCCAUGGGAGCCAGUCGAGACCAAAGCACAGUCCACUUGGAUCAGAACCAAACACAGAGUGGGCAGUGGGAACCUUGAGGCUCUUCCCAGUCAGAUGAAAGUGGGCCGAUGGUCCCGCCACUCCAGGAUUGUAACUGCUAAUCGGGCCUUUUUUGAAGGGAUGGCGUCGGAUGUGGUCAGCAUAAGGUUAUUUGAGGCUACUCCUGUAGUCGACCCUGUGCUAAUGGAAAACUCCGAAAGGAUCCUGAGCAAAGUCCAAACACUGGCCCAGAUGUACAGUGCCAAGGCCAGCAACAUGAGGGUCCCACUCCAUCAUAAACGGGCCAGCUUCACCUGGAACCAUUUGUGGGGCUCAAGUAAACUGUCUGGACAACCGACACAUACUGAACCUAAAAGCCUGACACAACAAACCACAGCUAAGAACCAACAGGAAACACGGCCCCAAGAGGACCGUCAAUCAGAACCAGACCCAGAAACCAAACACGAGCCCCAAGCUGACUCCAAGACUGAAGUUCCGAACCAAACCACAACAGGAUCCAGGAAGCAGAGACAAGCUGGAAACCAAACAUGGAAUCCAAUCCAAAGCACAAAGUGGGAUGAGAAGAUGGUAAAGAAAACUGAGAGUCCGACAGACGAUUUUCAGGAGACUGCGGUGAACCCCUGUGAAGCCUCACACCUCCACUUCAGGGCUCAGGCUGAACUUCAUAGCUCAUGUGGGUCAACCAGCCCCUCCAUCUCACUGGAUGAUACCGUGGAAGUCUUCUCUGCCCUACAGUCAAAUGAAGAGUCCGAUGCUUUGGACGCAGCAGGAGGAUCUGAGCAGCGAGCUGAUCAACUGCUCUCCACAGUCAGCCAAGAAUGUGUGGAUGUCAUGAGCCAGCCAAGUCCUGUGGAGCCAGAUUCUCGUGCUCUCUGGCUUCCUCAGGGGACCUUUUCCAAAGAUGGAGAUGAACAACACAAGUAUGACCAGGAAGAAGAGUACGAACGAGAGGCUUCACCCACCAGCGUGAGGUGUGAAAACCUGUUCUCCUCAAAAACCCUCAGUGAAGAAGCAUGUUUCACAGCGUCUGCACAGAGGCCGGCCCGAGCGGACACUCUUCACCUGGAAGAGGGAGUCGAAGAUGUAAAGUAUGAACUGAUUAAUGGUUCCCCUUCACAAACCAAAGCAGCUCCGCCCAUUUUCACGCUGGACUCCUCCUCACACAACAAACCUUUAGGGGAAGUGUUUGUUCCACCACCGAGUCAGGCUUCGCACUUUUUUAAGCACUCACAAAGUCCUGGGAAGCAUGAAGCAGGAGGAGCAUCAACCACAGACCAAGGACUCAGUUCAGGAUCACUGUCUGAAGACCAGGAACCAGACCCUCCAUUGGAGCUGCCAGAUUCACCUACUAACACCUGGAAUGUCAGUGAAAACAGGGAGCCACAGCAGCAGGCAUCAUUCCAUGUGCUGGUGCCACCCAACCCAGGUCUCAACACCUCCCACCAGGACCCAGAACCUACCCCAGACUGCAGGAAACACUCCGCUUCCCCUACUAGAGCUCCCUCCAUCUCUUCCCAUGUGGCACCACCCUUUUUCUCACCAUUUAGGGCUCUUCAGUCUUCUCCCACGCUGUUUUCACCAGCUCUCUCUUGUUUAUCACCAACUUUCCCUUCUAGCAGAGGCUCCACCAUGAAAGCUCAGCCUGCAUCCUCACCUACAGCUGCCUCCUUCUCCACCUCCUCCUCUGACAGGCCUUCAUUAGUAAAAGCAGGUCCUUCUACCUCCCCUACACUGUCUCCCUCCUUCUGUUCCUCUUCUUCUGCAUUCACUCGUUCCUUAGCUGCUUCCUGUAUCAGCCAGUCCAUCAGCCAGAACAUGGCUCGCCAGCAACCCAGCCCCACAAUGAAUCAGAGCCCCUGCUCCCCUCCCUCUCUACCCACCUCUCUACGACAGCGCUCCCCUUCUUCCAGGUGUGCUCCCACUCACCAGGGCUGUGGUUUACCUGCCUAUAGCCAACAUCCACAGAAUCCACCAUCCUCUCUCUGCUUGUCCUGCCCUUCACCGUCGUUCACUCAGUCCCACUCUCAGUACCUUCCUCCUCCAUCGACAGGUCAGUCCCUUUGUCAGCCUCCAGGCGCUCCGGCCUCCUCCCCUCGACCCUCAUUUCUUCACAGCAAACCUCAUUCAUCACAGAAUAUAAACAACAACAACAACAACGUUAGCUUAGAUGGAAUAACAUCCAUCUGCAAUAUAGGCGGCAGUGUUGCUGUCAGUAAUGGAGACUGGCCAGUGAGCCAGAGUAAUGGUGGCACUCAUGCCUCCAUGCAGCAGAUGUGGCCGGGCUCACACAACCGGGUGGCUCGACCCUUCUCUGCAUCUGAGCCCAGCUCUCGAGUUCAGUCCCCAUCACCUUCUCCAACCUCUGCUUCAUUUGGUCGCCUCUGCUCCCCAACCCCCCAGCACAACUACUCCUCCCCGCUGGCCAAUAAACCUCCCAACCCCCGCAGCGUCCGGCUCGGAAAAGCCUCUCAGAAUCCAAUGGGCCUCACUCUGGAGCUACCGGGGAGCGCUUCUGCGCAGCCAUCAUUGUGUCUGAGCCCCCGUAUCCUUUCUCCACCUCCCAUUGGCGUAUCCGUCAAUGUGUGGACAAAUGUUGCCGCCCCUCAGCCUAGAAAGCCUAGAUUUGCUUCUUCCUCUCCUUCGUUCUCUUCCUCCUCAGGGACACAAGUGUUGGAGAAUGGCUCCUACCCUUUACCUCCUGGUCAGCUGCACAACUCUAGUGGAUCUUGUUCCCCUGAUUUCCACCCAACCUUCCAAACUCUGCAGAGGUCUUUCUCCUCCAGUUUGGCAGAGAGACCCCCGAGCCCAGCUCGCAGCACCUCUGCUGGACUGCGCCGCUCCUGGGCAGAGAGCAGCCGCAGAGGCGAUUGUAGAAGUGUUCCAGGUUCCUUUGACCCGCAGGAGUCGUGUCCAACUAGUCCGAGGAGUGGAUGGUCCUCAUACAGCGGCUCACCUUCCUGCCUCAGCCCCCGAGCUGGGCUUCAGUCCCCGCUCUUACCCAGCAGGCUUAGUCUGGGGAAAAGCCCCCUGGGUGGGCAGCAUUUCACCAGCGUGCCGUGGCCGGAUGUUCGGGAGCUUUCUAAUAAGUACAAGAGCACCGACAGUCUUAAUACAAGCGCUACGAGCGCUGCUCCUGUGGAGGCGUCUGCUCCGGCUCCUCUGCCCUCGCUGUCCCACACCCUCCUCCUGGCUCCUGACAGCCACAUCGACUGGGGAGGCUCAGAGCUGGAGGAGGGGAACUGCCGUAGUCAGCUAAUCUGUGCUUAUAUUGCUCGACCCUCUGGGGAACAAAGUCUCUCCUCCUCAUGUGUGGUCCUUUCCUCCACCCCUCCCCCUGUCCCGUACCAGCACCAGGUCAAACCACAACCACAGGCCCAAGUCUCACCCAGACUCUCUCCUGUGACCUCAGGGUCACGCUCCUCACCUCUGCCCUUUGGCCACUCCUCUCCUACCAAGGCUGGCAACCAAAAGACCAGCUAUGCCACCACGGUCAACCUCCGGAUUGCUGGAAGUGGACGGAUUACUUCUUUCAGCACCGCCCAAGUUAGCCUCAAACAAACUCUGCAGGGUGGAGUUGGAGGAGUGGCACAGGGGCAGACGGCAAGGAGAGUAAGCGUUAAUGGGCUUUCACAUCUUCCCUCUCCGCUUUCGCAGAACUGUAGCAGACUGUAAAGAACUGGUUCUUUAAAGGCCCCAUGAAACCAGACGGGAUGAGACGCUGCUUGUGUGUUGCCCAGACCCUCAAACAGUCGUACAGCUUCCCGUGGACCUGGAGGCAGGUUCAGAUGCACGAUGAGGUGCUGUAGACGAGAAUUAUUGGACUUCUACCUGCACACAUGGGUUAAUGAAUGAACAGAGUCUAAUGGAGUUGUUGUAGAAGCCUAAUAGGAAUGAGAGGGAUGAGCUGCUAAGUGUUGCAGCCUGGGUCACAGCUCACACAGGAAAACCUGCUGCCAGUCAAAACUAGCAUUAUUGUAUUAUUAUGAUUUGUAUGUUUGUUCUUCUUUUUCCUACUUUGUAUUAUUCUGAUGAAUACAUCUGCUCUCUGAGGUCAGUGCUUAAGGCUGGUGUUAACUGUGGACAUUACUAAUCUGUCUUUUUUUUCUUUUGUUCUAAGCUUUAUUUAUGAAGGUAGUUGUGUUGGCACUUUCUAUCCUGAAGCCAUGGUGUUUUGCACAGUGUCUCAGCUCAGAGUGUUUGUGUGACGUGUCUGAUUAACUUCCCAUUAACUCAGACAAAUCUUGUUAUUAAUGAUGUAACCUGUCACUUCCUCCAGAAUGGUUUAAAACAGUGUCACUGUGAAAUAUUUGAGUUCGUGGGAACAUGCGUUGAAGCCCGAACGUUCCACAUCCUGAAUGUCGACAGUCCAGUUCAGACCAUGUUUAACAUUCUACAGUAACGAUAUGGGAAAUAAACAUGUGAAGCAGAUUAAAGUGACUCGUGAUUUUAAUCCUUACACAUUUACUAAUAAGAUCAAUGGAAGUUGAUCCACGAUCCUGCUCAGUGACUGGUGGUGUCUAACUGUCAUCUGGUGUCUGGAAGCAGGAAGCUCUGGGAUGUGCUCAUUAACAGCCAGAACCUGAUGAUCAGGAUGAUCAGGGUGCUGCUUGGUUCUGCUUGUAUCGACGUGAAUUUGCAACAAAGCAGCUGCGCUGACGGUGAGUAUCACAGCUCCUGAUGCAGACCGGUACCAGAGUCCGGACGCUCUCCACGCGUGGCCUUUGUGACAUGACUCAGUCACUUUCAGUUUCGUCUCCACUGCUCCUGUGCACUUUGAUUCUGCUGCAGCUCCGUCUUCACUCGUCUCCAGGGCUGUGAUGAGGAGACCAUUGUUCCAAAGAGGGAGAAUAAGCUGAGGAGGGGUUAAAGAAAAGCUGGGAGGCUUCAUACCGAGGGGAGGGGUGGGAGGACGCGUGAGAUGCAAAAACAAGGGGGACAGUGAGGAGAGCGUCAGAGGAGGAGGAGGUUCCGUGGAGAGCGCUGGCACCCGCAGCAUGCAUCCAUCUGGACCCUCCCUCCAACCAGCAGGAGACGCCUGCUCCUGAACAUGUGGAGGAGCUGCAGCAGCUCCUGCACAGAAGCCUUGUCCUUGUGCAUCGUCCCAGCUCGGCCGUGAUGAAGCUGCUGCUGCUGCUGACGACUGAGAUUCUUCUCACUCUGGAAACUUCCUACUAAGGCGUUGACUGAACUGCUCAGCUGCUCAGGGACUCCAACUGACAUCCUGAAGUUGCCGUGUUGAGCUGGGGCUGAAGGCUGGGGUCCGAGGCGCUGGGCGCCCCCUGACCGCGUCGUGGGAGGAGCUGGAGGAUGCCGUUGCUAUGCUGAGAGGGGGAGCAGCUCUCGCCACUGUGUUUCUGUGCUCUGUCCUUGUGCUCACCAAGAAGGACCCUGAGCGCUGUGGCCAGGACGUGAUCAUCAGGGUCAGAGACUUAAUCCAGAAAGCCCCCAAACUGAAGUGGCUGGACACCAGGCUGUACACUCCCAGCACCGCAGACUCGCAGCCCAACUGCAUCGCCUCCAACCUCAACUGUUUUGCUGCUGAAGCUAAUGUUCUGCAUAAAGAGUGGGAGAAAGUUGGAGAGGAGAUGCAGGAUGAACUGGAAAAAAUGCUCCAGACCCUCGCCACAUCAGUCAACAAGAUCGUGAGCCCGGACUCGACCUGCCUCCAGUGUGAGCUGCUCCAGGAGAAGAACGCAGAGACAUUCCUUUCUGAGCUUCUCUCCACUCUUCAAUCUGUGCAGAGUCGUUUCUGCCACUGACGGAUCCUGGUGAGCACCGGCAGCUCCUUUCCUUCGCCAGGACUUCACACGGCAGGAUGUGUAUUUAUUUCACAAUCAAAUGGACACAACAUAAGCUUGUUUGGGAGUCACAUCAGUAGGAUGGAACCUUCAGGGGGUCUGUGAUUUCUGAGCCAGCAGAGCUUCCUGUUUACAUUCAGUUACUCACUCAUAUGCAGCGUCACUAAGGUCUGACAAACAUGUACACAGACGAGCUGCGUCAGCAACAGCUACCAGAUUCUGUGAGAUUGGAGGACGAGGGGAGAUGUUCCCGGACGUGGAAACCGUCACAAGCAUCUGUGGUCUGUAGAGGCCACGGUUCUGGCAAACAUUAUUUAUUGCUCUCAUCAAUGAUAGGCAGAAACUGCUUGUUAAUGGGAAUCUGGUGAAGCAAACAUGAGGAGUGUGUAAAGCUCAAACAUUCAUUCCUUUUGUUUCCACAUUCAUCUGAUGGUUUCUGGCAUUUUGUAAAUUCCAGUCACACGCUGUGGAAACAGGACAAACUAAAACUAUGUCAACCCCAGAAUCAACUUGUUUCCUUCCAGCUUUUAUCUCACUGUAGAAACUGUCAAAGUUCUUCCAUCAGCAAAGACUGUUUCCUCCCCAGCAGCGAAACAAGUCGAGCUGUGAGGACUUGCUCUCAGUAAUAACAGGUUUCAGCCUUUGACCUACGUCUGUGUUUCCUUAUCUUGAAAACUUGGAGCAGAGCUUCUGUGACACCUGCAGGCCUGGAAAGGUUUGGGUCGCUGUUGCUAUGGGAGGAACAGGAGGAUCAGCUAUAAUUCAUUCCUAACUGAGUAUAUGUUCUUUCAGUAUUUACUCUAACUUGACGUGUUUAUGCUGUUUCUGAGCCAUAUAAGAGAUGCUCAGACUGUAACUGAGGACGUCAUCAUCAGGAGCUUUUCAGCUCACACUUAUCCUACAAUUACAUAGGUUCAGGUGCAGAUCCGGGUACACAGCAUAAUUAAUAACAUCUUUAUGAAAAUAUAAGCUCAAAGCACAUCAAGACGAGCUGAAGGAUAGUCCUUGUGGCAGCUUCUUAAUGUUUUACCAUACAAAUUGUGUUCAACAAUACACAACCAGGAGGUUUCUGAGUGAGACUGCGUCUGUGAAUCUUCUGUGUAUUUUUGCAGAAUGUACCAAUGUAAAGGGAAAAAAAAGAAAUUUACAACAAGCCUUUUAAUAAAAAGCUCAUGAACACACUUUA